CGCUGUGGGCCCGCCGGGCGGCCCCACAGAGCCGCCAUAGCAGCCCGCCUACCUCGUCUUAACGUCUCCGCUGUCGGCUCCGCGCCGCCGCCAUGGCCGACGUGGAAGACGGAGAGGAACCCUGCGCCCUGUCCUCUCACUCCGGGAGCGCAGGCUCCAAGUCAGGAGGCGACAAAAUGUUCUCUCUCAAGAAGUGGAACGCGGUGGCCAUGUGGAGCUGGGACGUGGAGUGCGAUACGUGCGCCAUCUGCAGGGUCCAGGUGAUGGUGGUCUGGGGAGAAUGUAAUCAUUCCUUCCACAACUGCUGCAUGUCCCUGUGGGUGAAACAGAACAAUCGCUGCCCUCUCUGCCAGCAGGAUUGGGUGGUCCAAAGAAUCGGCAAAUGAGAGUGGAGGCUUUCUUAGUGCAUUUGUUUGGAGCCCUGGUGGAUCUUGUUAUCAAGUGCCCUACAAAGGCCAGAACACUCCAGGGAACUAAUUCUUCAAAUAGGAGGAGAUGGCUCUGUGGUCCUUUGGUACUCAUCAAAGGCAUGGCUUAGCAUUUUGUUUUAUUUUCAGAAAUUCUCUACAAUUAAGAAGAUAAUUUAUUAAAGAUGGUCUUUCCUACCUCUGUGGUAUGUAUCCCACACACUGCUUAGAAGUGCUUUAAAGGAGGAGAGAGCUACAAAUUUAAUGACUUUAUAAUUUGCUUAUUGGUAUCCUGGGGGUUGUGGAAGUAGUUCCAUUCAGAAGAGAACUUGUUGCAUGCUUAUAGUUGAUCAGUUAAAAAAAAAAAAAGACAAUGUUACAGAAACAAAUAAAGUGCAGUUUAAAACCCAACUCUUAUCCUUAAUUUGUUCCUCAUAUUUAUUUUUGGCUGGGAGGGGGUGAUUCAUGAAGUCUUUGUAUGAUAUAAUGAAAAUUUUAAGUUUGGACCAAUGAACAGGGUAAAUAAAAUUUAAUCUUCAGGCAUAUGGAAUUGUGGUUGUCUUUUAGGCUAUUAUCCUCUAUCUUUGGUUCAUCAAGAAAACCUAAAUCUGCACUCACCUCACUGUCCAAGCAUUGAAUGGUAAAGAACAGAAGUAUUUGUUCUGGUCAGAUUAUGUUGUAAUUUAACUGUUUUAGGUGGAAUGUUAAUGAGGGGAAAAUGUUUACCACUGUAGCACUGGGUCAAAAAGUUUAUUUUAUUACACAGUGUUUUAAUAAAUGGUUUAUUCUGUUUACU